AUGGGUGGCGAUGGUGGUGACCGUAAUAGUUCUAUUUCCAUGGUUAUGAAGAAGAAGAAGAGUGGGUCUAUUCGGUCCAUUUUCAUGCAUGCUGAUGGCCUAGAUAGGUUUCUCAUGAUUUUGGGGUUGUUAGGAGCCAUUGGUGAUGGCAUAGGCACCCCUUUGGUGUUGUUUAUCACCAGCAAAAUUAUGAACAAUAUUGGUGAUUUUUCUAGCAGCACAGAUAACAAUUUCAUCCAUAGCAUCAAUAAGAAUGCUGUGGUUUUGUUAUAUUUGGCUGGUGGGUCUUUUGUUGCUUGUUUUCUAGAGGGUUACUGUUGGACAAGAACUGGUGAAAGACAAGCUGCUAGAAUGAGAGUCAGGUACCUAAAAGCAGUGUUGAGGCAAGAAGUUGCAUACUUUGAUUUGCAUGUCACUAGCACAUCUGAGGUCAUCACCAGUGUCUCCAACGACAGCCUCGUAAUUCAAGAUGUUCUUAGUGAAAAGGUUCCAAACUUUUUGAUGAAUGCCUCUAUGUUUGUUGGGAGCUACAUAGUGGCUUUUGCAUUAUUAUGGAGAUUGACCCUUGUGGGGUUCCCUUUUGUGGCUCUACUUGUGAUCCCUGGUUUCAUGUAUGGGAGAACACUAAUGGGGUUGGCUAGCAAGAUAAGGGAAGAGUACAACAAGGCUGGUACAGUAGCAGAGCAGGCAAUAUCUUCCAUCAGAACCGUUUACUCCUUCGUGGGGGAAACCAAGACCAUAGAUGCUUUCUCUGAAGCUCUACAAGGGUCAGUUGAGUUAGGACUGAGACAAGGCUUAGCAAAAGGCUUAGCUAUUGGAAGCAAUGGUGUUGUGUUUGCUAUAUGGGCUUUCAUAUCCUAUUAUGGUAGCAGAUUGGUCAUGUAUCAUGGUGCUAAAGGUGGUACUGUGUUUGCUGUUGGAGCAGCCAUAGCACUUGGAGGAUUGGCAUUAGGGGCUGGUUUGUCCAACGUGAAGUAUUUUUCAGAGGCAAGCACUGCAGGAGAACGCAUAAUGGAGGUGAUAAAAAGGGUUCCAAAGAUUGAUUCUGACAACAUGGGUGGGGAGAUUCUGGAGAAGGUUUCUGGGGAAGUUGAGUUUAAGCAUGUGAAUUUUGUGUACCCUUCAAGGCCAGACAGUGUGAUUCUGAAGGACUUUUGCCUAAGGGUUCCUGCAGGGAAAACAGUGGCACUAGUUGGAGGGAGUGGGUCAGGAAAAUCCACUGUGAUAUCACUUCUGCAGAGAUUCUAUGACCCAGUUGAGGGAGAGAUACGUGUUGAUGGUGUGGCCAUUGACAGGUUGCAACUCAAGUGGUUGAGGUCUCAAAUGGGGUUGGUGAGUCAAGAGCCUGCACUGUUUGCAACCAGCAUUAAGGAGAAUAUACUGUUUGGAAGAGAAGAAGCCACUGAGGAAGAGGUUGUGGAGGCUGCAAAAGCUUCCAAUGCUCAUAAUUUCAUCUCACAGUUGCCACAAGGAUAUGAUACUCAGGUUGGGGAGAGAGGAGUUCAAAUGUCAGGGGGACAAAAGCAAAGAAUCGCCAUAGCGCGAGCAAUAAUAAAGAAGCCACGAAUUCUCCUGUUAGAUGAAGCAACAAGUGCCCUAGAUUCUGAAUCCGAACGAGUUGUGCAAGAAGCACUCGACAAAGCAGCAGUGGGGCGCACCACAAUCAUCAUUGCUCAUCGAUUAUCCACCAUAAGAAAUGCAGAUGUGAUUGCUGUGAUGCAAAGUGGGAAGAUCAUGGAAAUGGGGUCACAUCAUGAACUCAUCCAAAACGACAAUGGCCUUUACACCUCACUAGUUCGUCUCCAACAAGCAACAAAUGAGAAAGAAGACACCCUUUUUCAUCCUCUUCCUCCUUCAUCAUUAUCAUCCAUAGCAAACAAGGACAUUCACAGCACAAGCAGUCGUAGGCUUUCUCUUGUGAGUCAAUCUAGCUCUGUCAACUCAAUCCCUCGUGUUGUUGUUGGUGGUGGUGGUGGUGAUGAUGUUGUUGAAGAGGUUGUGGAAGAUAAGAAGCUGCCACUUCCCUCUUUUCGAAGGUUGCUAGCACUGAAUAUUCCUGAGUGGAAGCAAGCGUGUUUGGGGUGUUUGAAUGCAGUGUUGUUUGGUGCAAUUCAGCCUGUGUAUGCGUUUGCAAUGGGGUCGGUGAUAUCUGUUUACUUUCUCUCAGACCAUGAUGAGAUAAAGAAGAAAACCAGGAUCUACUCUCUUUGCUUUGUAGGGUUGGCUGUGUUCUCCUUGGUGGUUAAUAUCCUCCAACACUAUAGCUUUGCUUACAUGGGAGAGUACUUAACCAAAAGGAUCAGAGAAAGAAUGCUUUCCAAGAUACUCACUUUCGAAGUUGGAUGGUUCGAUCAAGAUGAAAAUUCCACUGGUGCUGUUUGUUCUAGACUUGCCAAAGAAGCUAAUGUGGUAAGGUCUUUGGUGGGAGACAGAAUGGCUCUAGUGGUGCAAACCAUUUCUGCAGUGACAAUAGCUUUUACUAUGGGCCUAAUCAUUGCAUGGAGAUUGGCCAUAGUUAUGAUAGCAGUUCAACCCAUUAUCAUAGCCUGUUUCUACACAAGACGUGUCCUUCUGAAGAGCAUGUCUAGCAAGGCCAUCAAGGCCCAAGAUGAAAGUAGCAAGAUAGCUGCAGAAGCUGUUUCCAACCUUAGAACCAUCACAGCCUUUUCUUCCCAAGACAGAAUUCUAAAGAUGCUAGAAAAGGCCCAAGAGGGACCAAGUCAUGAAAGCAUUCGGCAAUCAUGGUUUGCAGGUGUUGGUCUUGCAUGUUCCCAAAGCCUUACAUUUUGCACUUGGGCCUUAGACUUUUGGUAUGGGGGAAAGCUUGUGUUUCAAGGGUUCAUCAAUGCCAAGGCAUUGUUUGAGACCUUCAUGAUCUUAGUGAGCACAGGUAGGGUCAUUGCAGAUGCUGGUAGCAUGACCAAUGACCUUGCCAAGGGGGCUGAUGCUGUGGGCUCAGUUUUUGCAAUCCUAGAUAGGUACACAAAAAUUGAACCUGAUGACAUAGAUGGGUACAAGCCUGAAAAAUUAACAGGGAAAAUAGAGCUUCAUGAGGUCCAUUUUGCAUACCCAGCUAGGCCCAAUGUGAUGAUCUUUCAAGGCUUCUCAAUCAAAAUAGAUGCAGGUAAAUCAACAGCAUUGGUAGGGCAAAGUGGGUCUGGCAAAUCAACAAUAAUAGGCCUAAUACAGAGAUUCUAUGACUCACUAAAAGGGACAGUGACCAUAGAUGGUAGAGACAUAAAAUCAUAUCACCUUAGGUCACUAAGGAAGCACAUUGCUCUUGUAAGCCAAGAGCCAACAUUGUUUGGUGGGACCAUAAGGGAAAAUAUAGCAUAUGGAGCAUCUAACAAGGUUGAUGAAACUGAGAUCAUAGAAGCAGCAAGGGCAGCUAAUGCUCAUGAUUUCAUUGCAAGCCUAAAGGAUGGCUACGACACAUGGUGUGGAGAUAGAGGAGUGCAACUCUCAGGGGGUCAAAAACAAAGAGUUGCAAUAGCAAGAGCCAUAUUGAAGAAUCCAGAAAUGUUGCUGCUGGAUGAAGCCACCAGUGCACUUGAUAGCCAAUCAGAGAAAUUGGUGCAAGAUGCUCUGGAGAGGGUGAUGGUGGGGAGAACUAGUGUGGUGGUGGCUCACAGGUUAAGCACCAUACAAAACUGUGAUCUAAUUGCUGUGUUAGACAAGGGAAAAGUGGUGGAGAAAGGGACUCACUCCUCUUUGUUGGCUGAGGGACCAAGUGGAGCUUAUUACUCUUUGGUCAGUUUACAAAGAAGACCAACAAAACAUGAAUCUUAA